AUGCCUUCAAGUACCGGUACAAGUCAUGAAGAACCUGCGCGCCCACCUCCGGCUGGUCCUCUCCCAGACCCACCCCCAUCCACGUCUAAUUCUACUGCCUCCUCCACCCUCCCAAAGCAGCGUACCAUCGUCCCAAAAUCCUCAACGAUAAACGCAAAGACCAACUACGUCUCUCCAUAUCGUCAGCAGACUCCCAGUAGAUCUGUAUCCACACCACUGCUCCCUAAAACCACCAGCGUUACAAAUACCAAUUCGCCAAACUUUAAAAACAUAGUCAGUAGAUUCAACGAGACAAAGGAUGAAAAGAUCCCGAAUCCAAGCAAUAGAAUUCCUGCCGUAGCGGCGGGCCCCGCUCCACCAGGAUUCCGUACAAGGAAGACUCCGCAGUGGAAGCCUGCAGGUGGCAGCGGAAAUGGAAAUGGACAGCAGCCGCAACAGCAGACAGGCCCAAGGUCGAAUUCGUCAAACUCUAACAGUAAUAGCAAUGGCGGGAGAGGCGAGACUCCUCCUGCGCCGUCGGGAAGGGUGAAGACUGAGAGGUCAAUGUCUGCCCAUGAUAUACCUGCCGGAGGAGCUGGGGGCGUGGGUGGGCUGCAACGGACAAGGGCUCGUAAGAUGUCGGAGGGUAUGCUGAAGAGUCUACCGCCGUUGGAUACGACGGUAAACGAUAGACAUCUCAGCGUGAACCGCCAUAGGCGUAGUCGCUCGGCGUUGCAGUUAUAUUCACCUUCUGCAGCGUCAAUGGCAGAUACGGAGGAGCUGGAUGAUGUGCAGGGUGGUAGCGGUGGUGGGAUUGGUACUACCACUACUGCCGCUGCAAAUUCCGCGGGAAGAUCGUUACGCCAUCGGAGGAGCAGGUCGGAUGUGGGAAGUUACGGGUCCCCGGAGGAAUUCGAAUUUACGGAUAUGAUCUACACUGCGUCCCCGCAGGAAGCUUCACCAAGGGUUGUACAGGCGGUACGAACUGGAAUUCCACUACCAAAAUCGCGGAUCGCGUCACCUACAUCUCCCGGUACGAAGCGUAAAGUGGGGAGGGAUUCUAAGGCUGAGACGCUGGCACCUAUUGCCGUGUCCUCACAUGGAUCACGACGCUCCCCACAACCUAUUAGUAGUCCCAGACUACAAGCAUAUAUAUCAGCGCCUCUUCCCGCAAAAUCACCACCCCUACGGUCAUCACGACAACGUUUACAGCAAUCAGCAGGCUCGGCAGCUGCUUCGUCAAGGCAAAAGUUCCAAAAUAAUUCGUCUCCAACAACACCAUCGUCAUAUGCGAAAGAUGUGGGAAUUCAGCGUGGCCGGGGCGCAAGGAGCUCUAGCGUCGGCGAAAACAGAGGCAGGGAUAUCAAGAAGAAGAUACCAGAGCUAGGGACUGUGGACUUUGCUGCAAGGAGAGCGCGCAUUCAGAGUGCCUUUAAUAAGACGUUGAAGGAAACUAAUGAAGGGAAGGCCAAAAUUGUUCCUGCUGUCAGAACAUCUAAACACAGUAUGCAGGGAGAGUUUGAUUGUCCAACACCAAGAAGUGCUGUUAGCCAUAGGAUCGAUGAAGAGGAUGAGGACGAGGCUGAAAAACCAUUUCAGCCACAGUUUACAAAUCAGGCUGAUAUGCAGGCAGGGGCAGAGAUAGGAGAAGAGGCCCUAGAGCUUCCCACGCCAAUUGACAUUGAUGAUGAUUCUGAUAGUCCCGAUGAGCAACCUUUAGAGGCUGUGAGCUUUGUGCAGGAGGACGAGGAGGAAAGACCUGUGUUUCGACACCAAGUUUUUGAUAGGCCAGCGUCGCAAGCGUCAUCAACCUCGACGACCAGUGAUAGUUCAGAUUCAUCGUCAUCUUUUGACGACGAUUUACCAGCACAAGAUACUAUUUCUCCGAUGUCACGGCAGAGGCCCUUCUCGUUAAUCGAGCCCAAGCGUGCAGAGCCAUCAUCCAUCCCUUUGAUUGUUACACCAGACUCACCAGGAGAGCCUCCAUUUCUUGCAGCAUCGACUUUCCUCAGACCUAAUUCGAACUGGUCGGGUUACAGCAUCGACUCCGAAUAUACUCGAGAGCCCACAAUUCCGGAAAUGCCAGCACAUCACAUGUUUGAUUCCGUUGGCGGCGGCGUUGCGGUAGAGCCCCCUACAAGCGACCAACAGGAUGCAACCACGAGCCCCACUGAAGCGUACAUCCCGAUAAUGCUCAGUAACACACUUGACGCUGCUAUGCGAGGUAAUAUUAUGGCACAAGUAGAGGUAUAUGGAAAGGCACAAACGAAACCUGGUUUAUCUCCGGUACCAGCUUCAGUGUCUUCCCCCACUGACGCGUCCAACACACCCGUUGACACCAUAGUAGGUGUUUUUGAGGACUAUGAUGAACCCAGGGAGGAUUUUUUUAAUUCUUAUGAAAACACACCGGUAGAUUACCGCCCCAGGGACAGAUAUUCAGGGGAGCUUGAGCUGGUGACUCCAGGUGGAUAUCAAGUGGACGAUGAAGGGGGUGACCAGGAGACAGAAACAGAGAUGGAUUCGGGGACAGAGACGGGGUCAAGUGGAGAAACAGAAACGGAGGCAGAGGGAACAGAGGCCGAGUAUCAGGAUACAGAGGCAGAAUAUACAGAGACCGAGGGAGGAUAUCAAGACGAAACAGAGACGGAGGGAGAAUAUUCGCAUUGUGAUGGAGAAUACGACGAACAGUAUGAUUCCACGUCUUGUUCGGAGAUGCCGGAUUCGGCCCAUCCAGGAUUAGAUGAUCAAUCAGACAAUCAAUCAGACGGGUGGACGUCUGCGUCCGCUAGCCCUGAGAUGGAAGAUCACCCGGCUAGGAGAUUAUCCAUGCAGCUAAACGAUUCGCCAACAACACCGCGUCAAUAUUUCGAAGAGAUAGAAUCCCCGCUUCCCCCAACGCCGCCGCCAAAGGAUUCCCACUUCUUACCGGCGGCUCCUGUGAAUUUGUUGCCGGCCCCUGUUCCACCUGCAAAGGAUCCGCCGCGAGCUGUCUCACCAUCACCGUCUGCAAUGAGCGCGCCCCCGGCUCAUUCUACCCACUCGGGCUAUACAAGCCAUAGAAUGCCAACCUACGGAUUUCCAUCAUACCCUUUGCAGCUACCUGAAAUACAAAGGGACACAGAACCCUUGGGUCUGGCCAUUCAAGUGAUGCCUGACGACAACUCCCCGGAACUACCUCCAGUCCCACCAAACAAAAGACCAGGUUUUGAUAGAUGGAAUACUGUUGCGAACAUGGAAAACACUACUGAAAGCGCCAGACCAAGCCUUGAGUAUCAUCACUCAUAUCAAAGCUCAAGGCAAAGCUUAGAUCAAUACUCCAACCACAGACCAAGUCUAGAUCAGUACCCAGCGGGAUCACCAUCCUCCAGCUUUCACUCUGAAAUAGAAUCAAGGCUUAGUAACAUCACGAACCAGAAUGGCAACCGACACUCAGAAACACCAGCAUCAUCCACUGCACCAACUAAUCGCGGAUCAUCUUCAAUACACUCCCAGGACCAGAUUUUACCACAAGUCCCGCCUGAGCAGAAGAUGCUUAUUAAGCGUCGGCAUCUACUAAAGGAGCUAGUUGACACAGAGAGCUCCUACUUCCGAGACAUGACAGUCGCGAUGGAGAUUUACAAAGGAUCUGCAAACGCAUGCGCCGCAAUCACUAUGGAUGAUAUCAAAGUUCUGUUUGGAAACACCGAGGCGAUUGUUGCCUUCUCAAAAUCUUUUCUGGAGUCUCUGAGGAAGGCUGUAAAGAGUGUCUAUGUAAUGCAACGAGCAAGGAGCGGCGUCACAAGUAGCGCUGCCAGCAUCUCAAAUUCCAUCGUCAGCACCGACGAUAGAAAUAGCAGUUCUAUGGACGACUUCGCCUUCGAAGAAGAAAAGGACCGAAAAACUUUCGUCGGCGAGGUCUUUAUGGACAUGUUUUACCAAAUGGAGAAAGUAUAUGGUGAAUACUGCAAAAAUCACGAUGCUGCGGUAGGACGAUUGGCAAAAUUGGAAAGCAAUAAGGGCAUUGCGAUUUGGCUAUCAGAGUGCAAAGCUUGUGCCGAGGACCUUACAAAUGCCUGGAACCUGGAAUCAUUACUCAUCAAGCCAGUACAGAGGAUACUGAAAUAUCCUCUGUUACUCACGCAGCUACUCGAAUGUACUCCCAGGAAUCACCCUGACUUCAUACAACUAGAGGUAGCAGCCAAGGAGAUGAAGUUCGUUGCUGAUCGAAUCAACGAAAUGAAAAAGCGGAAGGACAUGGUUGAGAAAAUAGUGGGACGAAAGAGACAGGAAUCAGACAUCGGACAUGGGAUCACGAAGGCCUUUGCUCGCCAAGCAGAGAAGCUGAAACAAUCCGUUGGGUUGUCCGAAGUUGUUGUCGAUGAGACAUAUAAUAAAUAUUUCGAAAAUUAUAACAUGCACUUCGUACAGGUGCAGGUUAUUAUCCGGGAUAUCGAGAUCUACAAGGACGAUAUACAAGGUCACGUGGAUAAAUUCCUCGAAUAUACACAAACAAUCAAGGAAUUUAUUGAUGUCUCCCACUCACAACAUCCAGAGGUUGAAACGAAGUGGAGGAAGUUUGACAGUGCAAUGCGAGAGCUUGCAACAUCCUAUCUCGCUGAACAUAAACACCGUGUUCAAAAACACUCCAUCGAACCUCUAACAAUGCUUCUGAAACUGCACGAAAGUCCUCAGCGAAUCAUGACAAAACGCAACAAGAAGGCAGUUGACUACGCUCGCUUUAAAGCCAUCAUAGAGCGUGGUGAUACGCCGGACAAGAAAACGAAGGACCUGGCCGAUGCCUAUCUGGCACUGAACGAAACAUUGAUUGACGAGCUUCCGAAGCUUUUUAAGUUGACAAAGAAGAUGGUCGAUGCAGUUCUCCUAAACUUUGUAGAACUACAAGGUAUCUGGAUGAAUGAUUGGGCAUCAAAGAUAAAGAUGACCUUUCCAGAAUUCGCAACUCUGCCAGUAAAACUAGAAGAGGUUGUGAAAGAUUUCACAGUCGACUUCUCCUACAAUGAACAGAGCCUCAACCAUCUGGGGAUUUGUAAUGGAUCAAUGAAAGCAAAAUAUAUGUCAUUGGUCCCUAUCGCAUCACCCUCGAUGACCACAUUAUCUCUGGAUGCAUUUGACGAUGGAUCCAGUUAUCGGAGGCCUUCAACUGCAACUGAAGAAGCAACACGAGAUUCAUCUCCUGGAAUACGUGACAGGGCUAUGUCUCUUACUAACAACUCACCCACAGCAGGCUCAUUCUAUGAUAAACCUGAGCGGUUCUACGAGACUAAGCCAGAACGCCGAUAUAGCGGCGGAGGGUCAACUCUCUCGCCACUGGUAGCGAUGGGUACUCCGGGCUUAAACAUGAUACCUCAAGUGGCACAGAACCUGGCCCAGAAUAGUCGGAAUCGAGCUACCUCGGUUGCGCUUCCUCAUAGGAGCCCAUCUACAAGUAGCUUGAAAUUGAAUCCCCAGGUCCAAAGAUCAUUCUCGGAGAGGCAAACACCCACACGUGAUUUUGCCUCUCGACCAUCAUCUAGGACCUACUCCCUUGCUGAAACCAUAUUUGAUGGACCAGAAACCCAUGCAGCGUAUGCUUCUAGUGCUGCACUCGUCGACCCCCGUGUGGAAAGUCGGACUCCCUCGCGAACGAAUUCACCAGCUCCUAUUUUUUCUUCGGCGAUGCCCAUGGAUGACGACAGGGAUAUCAGGCGUGAUGACACACCCUCCGGAUCACCAAUGAUGCAAUCAAGACCGCCUUCAAGGGCCCCUUCCAUUGCAAGCUCAAUGCAUAGUCAAAGGAGAACCCUCACCUUGUCGGCGGAGGGAGGGGGAUUUCCGUAUUUGACUUAUGUCCAAGGCGAGAUCUUUGAUGUUGUUGGAACCAAGGGUGAAAUCUGGUUAGCCAAGAAUCAAGAUGAUAAGAAUGGGGAGCUUGGUUGGAUCUGGUGCAAGCACUUUGCGAAGCUAUAA